AACAACCACCAUCAAUCAUAAUACAUCAUGGCUACUAAUCCUCUCAAAAAGAUUGAGCUUAACUGUGAUAUGGGUGAAUCGUUGGGAAGAUGGAUAUUGGCUGAUGAUGAAGCAAUAAUGCCACAUAUCGAUGCUUGCAAUAUAGCAGCAGGCUUUCAUGCUUCCGAUCCAACAACAAUUCACAAAACUGUUCGUUUGGCAAAAAAGGAUAAUAUUCAAAUUGGUGCUCAUCCUGGAUUCGGUGAUCUGGUUGGAUUCGGCAGACGAACUAUGCUCUUGAGUCCAGAAGAAGUUGCAGAUUUGAUCACUUAUCAAGCAGGUGCUGUUCAGGCUUUUUGUCAAAGACAAGGUGUCACAAUGAGUCACAUCAAACCACAUGGAGCUCUGUACUUCUACUUGCUAUCUGAUCAAAAAAUUUGUACAGCAGCUGUUGAAGCCAUCAAAGCAUUCAAUGUUCCAAUGUACGGCUUACCGAAUUCUAUUCAAGAAAGCACAUGCGCUUCACUUGGUGUACCAUUCGUUCCAGAAAUAUUUGUUGAUAUCGAAUAUAGCGCAGAAGGAAACUUGAUCCCUCCAGCAAAAUCAAAGCCAAUCUCUCCAGAAGAAUGUGCAGAACGUGUAAGGAUGGCUUUUGAAAAUGAUCAUUUACCUGCUCAACAACCCGCUUCCGCAACAACGACAAAGCCACUCAAUUUGAAGGGCAAACAUUUCAGUGUUUGUCUUCAUUCCGAUUUCAAAGCAGCUGUUGACAAUGUCAAAGCUGUUCGUCAGAUGAUCGAUAGUAUCAAUAACAAAAAUGUAUAAAUUUGAAUGAGAUUCAAUUUUCUGGUAUAAAAA